UGCGGACAACUUGUCAGAAUCCGACAUGAUUUGUUGACUUCCUCUGAGAUGGUCGUGAUUCUGCCACUUCGGUGACGUCACCGCAGCUCAUAUAACGGCCAGUCCUCCGCAGCCGCUCACUGGACCCGAGACGGACCCGAACUCUGCCUGGACCCCCGAGCUGACACGCACGAUGAAGGGCGCGCUGCUGCUGCUCGCCUCGCUCCUCCUCCUCGCCUCGCACCUGCGGCCGGUGGCCGGCAGACCUCGCGCGCUCCUGGGCUGGAUGGACGACAGCGGCCGCGUGGAGGAGGAGCUGCUGCGCGCGGCCGCCGCGGGAGGCAACGCCGCCUCGCGCUUGCUGGGCGACAGGCUCGCGCACCGAGGAGCACCGGACCCGCUGCGGCUCCUGGACACGGAGGAGGAGGAGGUAGAGGAGGAGGUGAGGGAUGCGGCCGCGGCGCUGCUGAAGCGCAGCCAGGAGCCGCCGCUCUCCAUCGACCUGACCUUCCACCUGCUGCGGAACAUGAUCCACAUGGCCCAGAUGGAGAACCAGAGGGAGCAGGCGCACUUCAACCGCAAAGUUCUGGACGAGGUCGGCAAGUAGCGCCCCGGCUGGCCCGCGCCCACAGACUGUCCGCUCGCGUCCUGCCCGUUCACACCUCCGACUGGACUCUCGGAACCACCUCGGCUUUGGUUCCGAAGUGACCGCGCGCCUCGCCUGAGGAGCUCAGACGCGCGGGAAGAGGCAGCCGAGCCGAAGGCUGCGUUCCACUCUGCCUGUGGAGUCACACGGGCCCCAAAAUACACGCCUAUUUUAGGUCAGAAAAAGCUCCUUUUUAUUUAAACAUGUAGAGAAAUGAAACCGCCAAAUCUGCUAUACACGUGGGGAGUGACCCGCGGUGCAUGUAAGCGAGGUCAGAAUUACUUGUUUAUCCCGCUUGAACGCCUGUAUCUUGGCGCCAGUGUGACUGAACUGAACGGAGCAGGACGCUGAGCAGACGUCACAGUCCACGGAGCGUGACCGCUCUCAGCCAAGCUCUGACGACAGUGGUGAACUUGAGCGCCCCCUACAUCGACUGGCCUCUAGUGGCGGAGCAGCGACGCGUGCACCGGCUUCUAUUUCUCGUCUUUAUUUUGUCCUUUUCUAAUAAAACGGCUGU